AUGUCUGAGAUUCCUGACAUUCCAAGGUCCUUACAGGAGUUGGAGUCGCUACGUGUGUCCGUUGCCGCUUCGCUCCCUGGUCAAAAAGGCGUUGUUGUGGAAGUUUGUCUCAGUCGCCCCCGAAAGCUCAAUGCCCUAGGUGCUUCGUUUUGGCGCGACUUCCCUCUCUGCAUGCGCAUUUUGGAUACAUGGGCGCCCUGCCGCUGUGUUUUACUGACGGGAGAGGGGGCAGCCUUCUGUAGCGGCAUAGAACUGCAAUAUGCAGCUUCCCUCUUCCAGCCAACGGAGGCCGAACCGCAGGAGGAGAGCGGCAGAGAAGUAAACUCGCCAGCAGCUACACUCGCGGACCCUGCCAGGCGCGCUUUGCACCUCCGCAGAGUUGUGGCGCCCCUGCAAGAGGCCAUAUCCAGCGUGGAACAUAUCAACAAACCCGUGUUGGCUGCAAUCUCUGGACCGUGCAUUGGGGCUGGCGUGGACCUCGUGAGCAGCUGUGAUGUGCGGCUAGCCGCUGCAGAUGCUCUGUUCAGCGUUAGGGAAGUGCAGCUAGCCAUGGCACCCGACAUUGGAACCCUGCAGCGGUUGCCACGUAUCGUCCGUAGUGGUAGCUGGGUUAGGGAGGUGUGCUUUUCCGCGCGCUUCUUCUCUGCGCAAGAAGCAGAACGGGAGGGCUUUGUCUCUGCCCUUUACCCUGAUAGAGAGGCCCUGCAUAAAGCCGCUGUUGCUCUUUGCCUAGCGCUAGCUGAGAUGAGCCCAGUAGCGCUUGCAGCGACGAAACAGGGGCUUAACUUUGCGAGGGGCCGUCCGGUGUCAGAGAGUCUUGAGCAGCAGCUUACUGUAAGCGCAGCAAUGCUCCAGACGCUAGACAUUCCCCUUGCGGUUGGCAUGCAAAUGCAGCAGAAAGAGCGAGGGAGCAAGAGAGCCCAAAUGCCUCCUUUUGCAGGGCUGUGA